AUGCGUCUGUCCUGUAAUAAGGCUCUUCCUGACUGCAAAUCAACUACAUGGAACUAUAACAGAUUCAGAGAUUCAGCAGCAGUUGAACUGAUUGGUUUAGGGAUAAAGAAGAAAGACACAGAGAGUCAUGAGAGACUGAGUCUGGGGUCUGACUGCUCUCUGAACAUCAACAACAUCACAAAACAAGAUUAUGGAUUUUACAUCUGCCGUCAAUAUGUGAAUGACAAACAACAAGGAACUGAUGCUCAUGUUUAUCUGCAUGUUCUUCAUGUCUCUUCAUCUUCAUCAUCCUCACAGACUGAGAUCAGUGCAGGCCGCUCUGUGACUCUCUUCUGUCAGUUGUAUUCUCUUGCUUGUGAUGAUUGGAUCCGUUCUGAGAGAAUUGAGCUGUUCUGGGUGAAUCAGGCUGGUGUCAAACUGACGAGAUCAGACUCCAGAUAUCAGAUAUUACUCUCAUCAGAUCACUGUACCAUCACUCUGAAUACAACACUCCUGAAUGAAGAUCACAACAGAGAGUGGAGAUGUGAAGUUACUCGGAGAGAUCAAGUCAAGAGCUCAGUCACAUACACUGUCAAGAGUUCAGCAGCCAACAAGCUCAAUUCAGCUGUCAGCAAAACGCAAGUAACAAACAAAGUCUUCUAUCUGCUGAAAUCGUUUGCAGCGUUUGCUGCUCCUACUGUGAUUCUUCUUCAGAUCGUCUGUGCAAGAAGAGCUGGGAGGAAGGACUCGCAGCACCAGAGGAAAUAGUGAUGAAUACAAUAUUAGAAUAAAUACUCGCUACAAAUAACAAAUUACAG